UAUGUAAAACUGUGACAUAAAGUAUUCUUGAGCGUUAGUUUAUUGUAUGUGGGAUUGAGCUUUUUUGCUUAUUUGAUUGCUUGAGAACUAAUAGUAUCUGUGUUUUUUUUUUUUUUUUUUUUUGGUUUAGUCAGGACCAGGGAAACUCUUUUAAAACUCAUUAACAUCAUGACUUAACUUGUCACCCAGCAACACUUUUACUUGGUGAAUGAUGUGUUGGACACUUCCUGGAUACAACUUGUUUUAAGGAGCUUUGACAUACUUAGAAAUGACACCAUGAGCCAACUUACAAUCGCUCAUUAAUCUCUGCAAUAUGAAUACACUGAAGAGAAUUGUGAUUCCUUGCCCAGACAGCCGUACAUUUUGGAUGUGUUCCUACAGCUAAAAACAGCUGAAGGUUUUAUGAUGGAUAGGCGUUGACAUGUGUUUCCCAUAGCUUGGAUGAUUGCCUUAGUCACAUUUGGCAGUGAGAAGUGGCCAAUUGUAUGUCUCAAUUUGUCUGUAUACCUAUUUACACCUGUUUUUUUUAUUUUUUUAUUGCGGUCAGUCAUUUUGAACAUUAGAUUCAUUGUAAUUAUGUCAGUGAUUUAAAAUAGAAAAGUCGGCUCUCCAUCAAAAGUUUUUUUAGCUUUAUUUUUUUUUGUUUUUCAUUAUUUUUUUCUGUUUUAUAACACGAACCGACAUAUUUGGCCUGUGUUCGUGAAACGGAUUUUGUCUGAUUUUGUUGCAGUUAUUUUUGAGUGGGCGGAGGGCGAUUCAGUCAAUACCAGUAAUUGACGUUAGAUGGCAAUAUUGUACUUUCUCUGGCUGUACUCUUGAACCAUGAGGAAGUGACUGACUUUAAAGUACGCUCCUGUCAAGAUGGCACCGAGUGGGCUGAAAGCGGUAGUUGGAGAUAAAAUUCUUAACGGGGUCAUCAAGAGCGUGAAGAAAGAAGGAGAAUGGAAGGUUUUAAUUGUGGAUCACAUGACCAUGAGAAUUCUGUCUUCAUGCUGCAAGAUGUCGGACAUUUUGGCUGAGGGCGUGACUAUUGUGGAGGACAUCAACAAACGCAGGGAGCCAAUCUCAAGUUUGGAGGCCAUUUAUUUGAUUACACCAGGGAAGGAGUCAGUUGAUGCCCUUAUCAAAGACUUUAAAGAUGCAGCGUUCACGUACAAAGCAGCACACAUCUUCUUCACUGACACCUGUCCUGAUGCUCUCUUUGCUGAGAUUGGGAAAUCCAGAGUGGCCAAGUUUGCCAAGACUUUAAAAGAGAUCAAUGUUGCGUUCUUGCCCUAUGAGUCUCAGGUAUUCUCCCUGGAUGAUCCAACUUCUUUGUCCGCAUUCUACAGCUCUGAGAAAAUCAAUGAAAAAAGCAAAAUGAUGGAAAACAUAGCAGAACAGAUUGCAACACUGUGUGACACACUUAACGAGUACCCUGCAAUUCGAUACCGCAAGGGACCAGAAGACAACGCUAAACUGGCUGAAGAGAUCUACCAGCGCCUUAAUGCUCACAAAGCAGACAACCCCAAAAUGGGGGAGGGUCCAGAUAAGGCACGAUCUCAACUGCUGAUUGUUGAUCGUGGGUUUGAUCCCGUCUCACCUGUUCUGCAUGAGCUGACCUUCCAAGCAAUGGCUUACGACUUGCUAGAUAUAAAACAAGACAUCUAUACUUACCAGUCAACCGGCAUUGGGAAUUCAAAAGCAAGAGAAGUGUUACUGGAUGAAGACGAUGAGCUCUGGGUUCAGCUCAGGCAUUUGCACAUUGCAGAUGUAACUAAGAAGGUGACAGAACUUCUUCGCACCUUUUGUGAAAGCAAGAGAAUGUGUACUGACAAUGCCAAUAUAAAAGAUCUUUCUCAGAUGUUAAAGAAGAUGCCACAGUAUCAGAAGGAGCUCAGCAUGUACUCUACUCAUUUGCACCUAGCCGAAGCCUGUAUGAAGAAAUUCAAAGCUUCUCUUGACAAACUGUGUGAAGUGGAGCAGGACCUGGCAAUGGGAGCAAAUGAAGCGGGGGAACCUCUAAAAGAUGCCAUGAAGAGCAUUGUUCCUGUUCUGCUCAACAGUGAAAUUGGCGCUUAUGAAAAAAUCCGCAUUAUACUGCUGUACAUUUUCCACAAGAAAAAAGGCAUCGGGGAGGAGAGCCUUACCAAGCUUAUUCAACAUGCAAAUAUAACACAGGAAGACAGCAAAAUUAUCAGCAACAUGCAAAACCUGGGUUGUAACAUCAUAGCUGGGGACCGCAAUGCUGGCAACAUGCUGCCAGAGCGCAAGGAGCGAACAGAGAGUACGUACCAACUCUCUAGAUGGAGACCCAUCAUCAAGGACAUUAUGGAGAAUGCUAUCGAAGACAAACUGGAUAGGAAACAAUGGCCCUUCAUCUCUAACCCGGCACCAAUCAACACGACUCAGACAGCAGUCAGCAGUGCACGUUUUGGAAACUGGCACAAAAAUAAGUCUCCAACAGAAUAUCGCUCUGGCCCUCGCUUGAUUGUUUUUAUGGUUGGAGGUGUGUUGCACUCAGAGAUGCGUUCUGCUUAUGAAGUCACUCGAAGCACCGAGGGAAAAUGGGAAGUGCUUAUCGGGUCCUCUCACAUCCUGACUCCAACCACUUUUCUCAAUGACCUAAAGGAUCUGAAAUAAAUGUCCAACUUUAGGUCUUAGUCCCUGAUUGGGGACAAAGGAAUAAAGGCAGAGUUUUUCAUUUGACUGAUUGCUGGUGUUCUGUCUUUUAGAUUAUAAUAACUUAAUUUGAAUAUGAAGAGAACUUGUAGAUGUAACCGUUAAUAGUCUUUAGCUCAGACUUUUAUUUUAUUGUUAAUGUUUUUUUUCCACUUUGAUUAAGCUAUCAUCAACCAAUGGUUUGCCAAGAUAUGUACUCAUAUAACACACAAUGCAUUUAGUGAAAAUUUUAACUUAAUGGGUUCACAAUUAAAGUAAAAGUAUAUAAUAGUUUAAAGGCCGCAUAAAAUAUUUUCUGUAGGAAAUUGUAUAUUAGAAUCUCAACUGCUGUAAUGAAAUAUUUUGAAAUAUUGCACAAUAACUUUAAUAUAUUGCUGUAAACUUGUGGGAUGGGUGUUUUGCUUCUAUAUUCAAUAAAAAUAAAACAUUUUGAAAUGUU